CAGCCAUAAUCCACAUUCAUUCCCACAUAACAAACCAUUAAAAAACCCCCAAAACCCCAAGCAGAAUCAGUACCCGCAAAUUAUAAAACCCCCCUCCUCAAUCCCCCAUAAACUCCCCAAUUCAAGUUCUUGAAACAUGGCUCAUCUCAUUGCAGAGGAGUGUGAGAAACUCACCAGGGCUUUCUCAGGGUUUGGAGGAUUGGGGGUUGAGGAGAAGGAAUUGGUGUCUGUUAUUGGGAACUGGAGGCAUGAGCCUGAGAAGAGAAGCCAUUUUAGAAGGGGAUGUGCUGCUCCUCUCUUUAAUGCUGAGGUUGAGAAUUUUGAGAGGUGGGAGGAUGAUUUUGUGAAGCAUCUGAAAGCCGAAUUUGCGAGGUUUAAGAAUGUAGUGUUAUUAUGGGCAAUGCAUCCAUGGGAAAGGGAUGCUCGUUGGGCUAACCAUGUACUCCACAAGGCCCACCCAUUUGCAAUCCUAGUGGAAAUCGCUUGUACUCGUUCCACAGAGGAGCUGCUUGGGGCAAGGAGAGCUUAUCAUACCCUCUUCCACCAUUCCCUAGAGGAAGAUGUUGCUUAUCGUGUCAAGGAAUCUAAUGCCCAACUGUUGGUUGGACUGGUGAGCUCGUAUAGGUACGAGGGUUCUCACGUGGACGAAGAAAGGGCCAAGUUGGAGGCCAAGGCACUUAAUGAUGCCAUAAAGAAGGCAGGAGCUAAGAAGCCUAUAGAAAAUGAAGAUAUUAUCAGGAUACUUACAACUAGGAGCAAGCCACAUCUAAAAGUGACCUUUAAAUUCUACAAGGAAAUGUAUGGGAAAUCCAUUGAAGAGGAUAUUGCUGGUGACAAAUGCUUGCAAGAAACAGUUCAAUGUCUGAGAUCACCUCCUAUAUAUUUCUGCAAGAUAAUAAAUAGGGCUUUUAAAGAUGGAGCAGAGAAGAACACCAAAGAAGCUCUAACUCGAGUAAUAGUAUCCCGAUCAGAGAUUGAUAUGGCAGAAAUCAAAGAAGUGUAUCAUAAACAAUAUGGAGUUAAACUUGAAGAUGUCAUAGCAAAGAGCACGCAUGGAAACUAUAGGGACGCAUUGCUUUCCCUCGUUACUGGGAAAGAGCAAGAAAGUUGACUCCAGGUUACAUUUGAAACCGUUAUAAGGGCCUUAAGCCAAAUCAAUACCGUUGUCUGCUUUAUACCUGUUUAUUUUGUUGUCAUGUCCUUUUUCAUAAUUCAUUCUUGUUCUUAUUUGUUGGAUCAAGUGGUUUGUACGAGACAAAAUGACGGGCUUGUAUUUUUUAGAGUAGAGAAAUAAAAAAGUUGUGAGCUGUGUAAUAAGCAUGUCUUGUGCUUUUUUCAUUAUUUCUCCUUUAAUUUUUUGUUGUACCUGGACAAA